AUACCGGGCACCCUUCCAUCCGGGUUCUAAAACACGACGAUGAAGAAAGGUUGUCAGCAAACAGAAUAAGAAGGAAAACUAAUUGGCAAUUCACUGCCACCUUGUGGAACAAAUCCAGAAGUAAGGAGCAGGUAACUGCACCAAACAGGUACAGCAACUGGUUGGUUAUUAGAGUCACAGUGUGACGUUCCUCUAUAUCGGAUCCUUUCAGGCAUAGGUAAAGGGUUUUUGGGUUGGGAAUGGCCUUCCAGCUAUACCGAGGAUUCAAAGAAGAUGGGACUAUGUGUGUUAGAAUAAAAAGUUUGGAAGUUCAAGAAAACAAAAUGGAUGAAGAUGACAUGAUGGGAAGUGGGCAGUGGAGGAAAAGACCUUUCCAGGAUGAUGAUAUGUAUGGAAUAGGAGCAUAUCCAUCUGAUCCAUCAUAUAGAGGAAUGGAACCUCCAUCUACCAACUACCGUAAACAAGAUCCAUAUCAAAAUUACAAUCAGUCUUAUACUGGUGGAUAUAAAGAACAAGGUGGUGGAGGAGCAAGCAGUCAGGAAUCUGAGAUGAGUGGAAACAGUUGGAGUUCUUUCUUUGAUGAAUCUGGUUCAUUUAAUCCUGAUGGAAGCACACCUAAACCACAAGCACCAAAACCUAAACAGCUAAGUCUAGGGUAUGGUGGACAGAGUAUGUAUUCUCAAGGUUAUGACUUUUCACAGGAUGUUCCCAUAGAGAAGGAUUAUAACCAGUGGGGUCGUGGAGGUGGAGGUGGUGUCAAAAGAAGUAAACCAAACAGGGGUGGUAGAGGUGGACGAGGAGGAGGAGGUGGGCAGUCUACAAAGCCUUGGGGACAAGGACCAUCACCAUGGAGUUCAGGAGGUUCUUCAUGGGACGGACCUUCAUCAUGGGAGGAUACUUCUAGCUGGCAGGAUCUGGGGUAUAGUAGUUAUCCACCAAAGAGUGAAAAUCAAAGAGGAGGUUUCAAGAGAGGAGGUGGAAGAGGAGGUGGUGACCGUGGUAGAGGUCAAGGCCGUGGAGGAGGAAGAGGGGGUUUUGAUCGUGGCAGAGGUCAAAGUCGAGGAGGACAAAGAGGUGGCAGAGGAAGAGGAAAUCAAGGAGUUCAGCAAAAUAAACCAGGAAUGCCACCAAACCAGAUUGGAGGUUUUGCAAAAAAGCGAGGAGGAAUGAAACAAACAACAGUACCUCCAGUUCACAGUAUGGCUAAUGUAGCAAAAUUAGAUGUUUCCCAGAUGUCAACAGCUGAAAAGAUUCGUAGAUUCUGUUUAUUUUUACAAACUGAUGUCUCAAAAGUCAAUGCCAUCCAAACAAUAGAAAAUGGAAUUACUGGAAGCAAAUUGGGUUUAAAGACAGAAUACAAGUGUGAAGAACUUAUGAAAGUUGCCAACAAAUGGAUGUAUACAGGUUGUCUGCAUUUGUCUGGAGUUUUUCUAGCUCGGUCUGUUGGUGGCAACAAGAAGGAGGUCAAACAUGACACAUAUUCAAAGGGAUUAGAUAUACUGAAGUCCAAGACAGUUGCUGAAAUAUAUUCUGGUAUAGACCCUGGUCCUGAUGCCAUCAGAAAUGAAUUAAGCAGUUCAUUAGAUAAAGAUAUGGACAUCAGUAAGCAAGCAUCUAAUGCUUUACAGAAGCAAGAACUGAUUGCAACAACUUUAGCUACAAAAGAAGAAGGAUUUAUAAAACUGGUCCAUUAUCUCAAAACUUAUGAAAAAUUACCUGAAUCGAAGAUUGGAGCCAUUGAACAAGCUGUUACUGCUUCUAAAUGUGGAUUGGAUCAUAAGUAUGAGGAUCGACAGGCUAGACUGCCAACAGGAAAGAUGAUUUUCAGGGGAACAUUGACCAUUGAAGGUAUUGUCAUUGCUCGCUCAACUGGUCCCAAAAGAAAAGAAACAAAGGCACAGACAUAUGCUAUGGCUUAUGAGAGUUUUAGUGAUAAGCCCAUCCAUGAAAUAUUGAGAGGUAUUCCUGAUGAAGAAGACUUUAUUAACAGUGAGAAAGCUCUCUUCAGUUCUCCAGAUGUAAAGAAAAAUAUGACUUUAGAAGAAAAAUUGACUGCCCUAAUGGGAAUUAUCAAGGACACUCAGUUUCAAGAGAACAAUAUAAACACUAUAGAUUGCAGUGCCCUCCAUUUGGGACUUACUCCAACUUGUAUAUACAGGAAAAGUAUUGAAGAUGGGUCAUCAGGUAAUCUCAUCUGUGAACUGUACUUGGAUAAUGUACUUAUUGGUACAGGUGAGUCAGAAAGGAGGAAAGAAUCACAGAUGGAGGCUUACAACAGUGCAUACGAUACUCUCUGUACAUCCACCAGUGAUUAUAUUCUGAGAGAACACAAACGUCUUAAGCCUGAAGAUACUAAUGAUCCAAACAUUGUGGAUGUUUGGGUAAAAGGAGAAGGCAAGCAUAACAUUGACUCUAACAUGGCUGGUUUGAAAAGGUACAGGCAUAAUCCAGAUGAUCCAAAGAAGACAGUGGAGACAUUUGUCAUUUUAGAACAUGAUGACUGGGCCAUGGAUAGGAAAAGGCAGGCAUUCUGUAUACUUAAUUACAGUGCAACCUUAAAUGGGAUGCUACUUCAGUGGAAUAUUGAAGCAGAUGGCAGUCUCUUUAAAUGUGAGAUCAAAUUACAAGGACAACACAUUGGAGAAGCAUAUGGACCAAGUAAGGGUACUGUAAGGAACUUGGCAGCUGCUGAUGCUUUGUUUAGAUUAUAUGAAACGCAGAGUGUUGUCAAGAUUUUGAGAAGAGAUGAUAGUAAACUUUGGAUUGCCUAUGAGAAUAUAGCAUCAAAAGCUGAUGCUGUCAGGCAGGCCAGUGGAGAGGAAGAGGUCAAACCUGAGGAGCCUCCAAAGGAGGUGAAGGAAGGGGAACCACAACCUUUAGCUCCUCCUAACAAAUGGGUGAUGAAAAUUGUUGAGGAAAUUCUGAACACAUUUAAUAAUAAUUUCACACUUGAUGAACUCAUAUUUGGUCCUGGUAUGCCUGUUCCUGAAAAGAAAGCAGUCACAGACCUAGCUAAACUUCUGGAGUUGAAAGUGAGCACUCGUCAGAGAGAUGGUCAAGGGUAUAUUGUCAUUCAUAAAAGCAGGACACCACAAGAAAUGGUCAAAUGUUUGUCGCAACAUCAAGGCACAAGUGGUAGAUAUUCCUUAAUUGCAGCAGCCAACCUUCCAAAGCACUCGGACAUAGAAGAGGAAAUUCGUAGAACUACGCCAAAUGCCACCGUUGCUAAUCCUAAGCCCAUCAUUCAGACAAAGAAACGUGUGUCACAUAUCAAAGGUCAACAAGCUCAGAGUAUUAUGAUGAGAUUAGCUGGUGUUGCUGAAGCUUCUAUGGAAACACUUCAGUUUAAACAAGAACCAUCAUUUGAUCAGCCAAAGAUAAAUUGGCUCUGAAUGUUCUGAUUUUAGUAUGUCUUGUUAUUUCAAAAACCAUAUGGAUGUUUCAUUGGCAUACAUAGAUUUCUAACAUUUCACUACCACUCUAUUAGGACAAGUGUAAUGAAGCAGUUUUGUAAUUCAUAUUGAUGUCAACUGUUACAAAAUCAGCUGUCAAUUAUCAUUAUCAGUGGAUAAACAUAUGAAACUCAAGGCCACUUUUGAGAUAUAUUCAACAAAUUUUAAGUUUUAGGUACAUGUAUAUUACUUUUUUAAUUCAUAGAAAACAUUAAUGUGUUGUUUUUUUUUUUUUUGUAUUUAUGUUUGUUAAUUUUUUACAAGCUGGAGGGUUCUUUCAGACUGAAGAAUGAAUAAGUAGUAAUUAUAUUUAGUUUAACAUUAUAUCUACUUUGAAGCAACAUUCCACUCCUGAUGCUAUUUUCUGAAAUAAUUGUCUUACUUGUAUAUGUCUAGUAACUUAGAAAAAGUAAAUAAAAGCAUUUAAAGUAACUAGAAGCUGGUCAUUUCAAUUGCUAUGAUAGGGUAAUUUACCAAAUUCAUAAAAGUAUAAUAUAAUCCAAGUAACUUGAUUAUGGAACAUAUGAGAAUUUUUUAUCUUUGAUUGCAAGCAUUUUAUUUCUUUUUUUAACAUUAAUAUUAUUGUGGUGUUAAAAGUUUGAUGUUAAUACUCCUUUGGACCAAGUUUCUGGCCACUGUCCUUGUUUUGAAAUUGUAAGAAUUUGUCCCUACUUUAAAUCUGUGCCCUUUAGCUAUAGGUAAACCGUUUCUGCAGAUAAAAUUUCUCUUUGUUUCAUUGUUUGUUUUA